UCCUCCCGCCGGCCGCUUACUCGUACCCUCUCUGCCUCGAGCGCACCUUUGCUUCAAGUCAACGUGCUUUCAACCUCUAGACAGCCUUGUGUCUUGUGAUCGGAAUGCAUUCACACCACUCUCACUCGGCGCUCUUUUGCUCGCAUGCUCAUCCAGACUCCCACCCAGAGGGAAUGCUCUCAAGAGCUGCCUCCCUGGGAUUUAAGGUGUACGGAUUGUCGGAGCAUGUCCCUCGGGAGCUCGAGGCAGAGCUGUAUCCAGAGGAGGUAGGAGAGGGGAGCACACCAAAGAGUCUGUUCCAAAAGUGGCAAGGCUACCUCACUGAGGCCCGGAGACUGCAGAGCAGGUAUCAAAGGGAGCCACGCAACAUGAAAGUCCUGGUAGGGGCAGAAACGGAGUGGAUCUCAAGGCAGACGGGACGCUUCUUGUCAAGUCGGGUCCUUGGCGGUGAAGCAAGCUCGAGUCAGACUGGAGCAUCUCUCGGCAGAGGCAUGAUAGACUACCUGGUGGGUAGCGUCCACCAUGCUGGUGGUAUCGCCUAUCCCACCCAAUCCGAGCAAGCGCCUUUGGCCCCCGUUGGGAUCCCAAUCGACUUCGACAAAGCCACCUUCGAUCGGGCCGUGGACCACUUCAAGUUUCCCGAGGAUACGGCAGGGGAUGACACGCCAGCUCGCCUCCGGCUCUGUCUGAGCUACUUCGAGGCGCAAUAUCAGAUGAUAGACCAGCUCCGGCCUGAAGUCAUCGGUCACUUCGAUCUCUGCCGGCUCUUCAUGCCUGGUUUCGUCCUGCUCCCUUCCGGAGAAAGUGCGGGUAAAGUAGAGGCGGAAAACCCGAGUGGAGUGGCACCUUUGAGAGAGGAGUUGGCAAAGGUAGUUGACAGGAAUGUCAGGCUCGCCGUCAGCUACGGAGCUCUGUUCGAGAUCAAUAGCGCCAGUCUGCGCAAGAGCUGGGACACGCCGUAUCCCGCUCGAGACGUUUUGGACCGGAUACUCGCCCUCGGCGGACGCUUAUGCCUGUCAGAUGACGCCCACGGUCCCACCCACGUGGGCAUUUCCUACUCUGCGUCCAGGUCGUACCUUCUCUCCGCCGGCGUCACCUCCAUCUACCACCUUGACCUACCCUCGGAAGCUGAGCAGACGUCUUGGUCUUCCCAAGGCGAGCAAAGUGAAGAAGAUCGGAAGAAGAGGGGGUCAGCAACAAGACCGGGCGAUGGAGCGCCCUUGACCUUCGCGAGGGGUUGUAUCGCUCGAGAAGUCACAGGAUGGGAGCGCGAUCCAUUCUGGAAGGGCCUUGAGGAGCGACAGGCACGCCUGAAUGCAAGGAAGACAUGAGCUGAUGGCGACUUUACACGAGCGGCUCCUAAAUCCCCACCCAUUGAUCGGAAAUCUGCUCAUUGGCAUGGCCACGAGCAGCGUCGAUGAGUCGGGAGCGGCAGCAGGGAGACCCGACAAGAUGCACUUCUGGAGCGAUCGCAAGAUGUAUGAUAGACACGAGAAUUGAAUUUGGCUUC